AUGAACAAUCUGCCUAGGGAAGAAAGAAUGAAGCCGGAAAACAUUAUCCUUGUCAGUGUCAUGCCUGGUCCAAAGGAAGCAAAGAUCGACCAGAUGAACAACUUCUUGGAACCUCUGGUAGACGAGCUGGUAGAGUUAUAUGGUGGCAUAACUAUGAAAACUCCAGAGUUCCCCAAUGGUACUAGUAUCCACGCUGCUCUUAUGUGUGUUGCUUGCGACAUACCUGCUGCAAGAAAGACUGCUGGAUUUACAGGAUUUGCAAGUACAAACGCCUGUCACAUAUGCAAGCAUCAUUUCACUGUUGUUGCUGAAACAAGUAAGAUCAAUUAUUCUGGAUUCGAUCAUGAGAACUGGGUCUCCCAAACAAAAGAGGAAAAUGCAACCAAAGAUGAGAUGUGGUUCUGCACAGAAUCUGAUGCAGAGAGAGCUGUUUUGGAGAUGCAGCAUGGCACCCGUUUUUCUGAGUUGCAUUGCCUACACUACUUUGAUCCCGUUCGAUGCACAAUUGUUGAUCCCAUGCACAAUGUGUUUCUUGGGACAGCAAAGCGUAUGAUCAGUGUUUGGAAAGACCUGAGGUAUCUCCCAACUGCUGUUCUCGUCCAUAUGUAA